AUGGAGGUCGCCUCAUCAGGCGUGCCAAAUGGCGUCUCGAAAUCAGAGACUGCAGCUGUGGUUGAUUCCGGCGCGGUCAUUCAGUACUUGAUCGAUGUGCUGCAGGUAACACUGGGAGCCCAACGGUCCGAGCUGGAAAGCGCUGGGAGCUUGCUUUCGGAAUCCAAGUACAAUGAAACGCUGCAACGGUGUACACGAUUUGCUUCGGAAACGCAAGAGGCGCUCUAUGUGCAGAAAGACAUUGUGACAGCGGAGGAAACAAAUGGCGAGACGGAGGACCAAGUAGUGCAAUAUGUCUACAACCUCUCCUCCGAUAUCUCGUCCGCUUCUACAACCGUGGCUUCGGUCGCUAUCAUCAAACGGCCCGUUCCAAUCGACAUGAGUCUGCCCAUGGCAUCGCAAGUCCAGGUCAUGAACCUUCCUGGCCCUGCUUCACUUAGCAACUCGUCCGCCCAGCAAGGAAAUUCAAUGUCGCCAUACCAGAUCCUUCACUUGAUGCUACACCACGGACUGAGUCCUUACUUUGAAUCAUACACUCGCAGCCAGGAGACGGCCGCUGGCACGAAAUCGAAAACGGAUACGGAGGCGAAGACAGGUAUUCCGGGAGCCAAGAAGAAAUUCGCGGACUUGGAGCUGGGCUUGUUGCACCUCCAGCAGAAUGUGGAGAUUCCGGCUCUGAACCUGCCCCUUCAUGAAGUGGUGCAAGCUGCUCUGAAGGAGGCGGAAGCGCGUGGUAUCAAACCGUCGGUCGAGUUGAUUCCAUCGACAGUGCUGGAGAGCAGUGCUUUCACGAACAGUAUUCAAAGUGUCGUGAACGGUUGGAUCAGAUCCAUCCAGACGAUCACCAAAAUGUCUCGUGACCCGGAUAGCGAAUCUGCAAGUCCCGAGGUCAAUUUUUGGCUCUCCCUUGAGGCUGCUCUAGAGGGCAUCGAUGCCCAGCUGGAAAGCGAGGGUGUCCGGUUAACUAUGGACAUUCUGCGCCAUGCGAAAAGAUAUCAGCCGACCCUGAGUUUCGUGGCAGAUACUGGGCUGAAAGAAGCUACCGAUCUAGUUCAGAAAUACAACCAGCUGAUGCGGGACUUCCCUCUCGAUGAGCUUCUAUCUGCGACUUCCCUACAAAAGGUUCAGGAAUCACUCAACCUCAUUUUCACUCACCUGAAUAAGAAGUUGAAGAUUUGCCCCUAUCCUAUCAAGCGGGCCCUUUCACUUGUUGAAGCUAUCUCAGGAGAUUUGGAUAAAAAGAUCCAUGAGUUGAUUACGGGACGCACUAUCUUGCACUUGGAUUAUCGUGAGUUCCGAUCAUUGAUGAAAACCACACAAGCGAUCUGGCGGACUUGGGACGAGAACCUGAAGGAGUUCACAAACGUUGCACGUGAAUCAACGCGGCGUCGCAACGAAAAAUUCAUCCCGAUUAAGAUCAAUGCGAGACACGAUAAGACCCGUGAGCGGGUGAAGUACGUCGACACUUUCAGGAUCAACCACGAGCAACUUCAGAAGACCAUUAUCAACGUUCUCGGGCCCAAUAGCUCUUCAUCUGCUGAGAAUGGAACUGGAGUUGAUGCCGAUGGUGCUGUGAUCGUUGAAGAGAUCGGCGAUGUCGAUGCCGUGGAGGAAGUUGCUCUCGCCUACGCUGCUCUCAAGAAUGUAGAUGUGUUGGAUGUUUCACAGGAAGGAGCUCUGAAUUGGGAGCAGGCUGAAAUUGCCUACAGUGAGCGUACUUCGCGUGUUGAGAAUUCUAUCAUUGCUCGUCUACGUGACCGACUAGCGACCGCCAAGAAUGCCAAUGAGAUGUUCCGUGUAUUCUCAAAGUUCAACGCCCUCCUUGUUCGCCCUAAGAUUCGUGGUGCAAUUGGGGAGUAUCAGACACAGCUCAUUGAUAAUGUCAAGCGAGACAUCAGUGCUUUGCAUGAGCGCUUCAAGCAACAGUAUGGUAACUCUGAAGCUCAUGCGAUGGCUCAAUUACGCGAUCUGCCGCCCGUGUCGGGUGCUAUUAUCUGGACCCGCCAGAUCGAGCACCAACUCGACGGCUACAUGCGCAAGGUCGAGAAUGUUCUCGGCGAGAACUGGCAUCUGCAUGCCGAGGGCCAGAAGCUACAGAACGAGGGCAACUUGUUCCGCAAGAAGCUCGAUACUCGGCCCGUCUUCGAGUCCUGGCUGUGGGAUGUUCAACGGCGCCAUUUUACAAUCGCUGGACGGCUGUUUAAUGUUGUGCGCAACCGAUCAGCAGGAAAUGUUCUGGAACUGGCAGUCAACUUCGAUGCUCAAAUCAUUGCCCUCUUCAAGGAGGUCCGGAAUCUUAUCUGGCUUAACUUUCAGGUCCCUCAUGCUGUCAGCAAUAUCUCUAAAGAGGCGAAGCGUGUUUAUCCCUACGCGAUCAGUCUGAUGGAGAGUGUUCGCACUCUGCUGCAGACCAAUCGAGCAAUCGCGUCGAUGACCGGUGUUAAUAUGUUGCUCAACGGCUACAUGAAUGAUGCACAGAUCAUGGUUGCCAAGGGUAUUCCUCUCCGAUGGGAAUCCUUUGUCCAUUCUUACGAGCUGCACGUCAAGCAAUCGGCAUUGGCAAACGGUGCUAUCGAGGCUUCUUUGCCUGGUCGCUCUGAAAGCAAGCAUGUUCAAUUUGUGCGCGAGUUUGCCAUCUCAGCAUCCACUCUCCAGACCAAGACUACUGUACUUGACACUAUCAACGAGAAUAUCCAGAAAUCGAUCCACGAACUCAAGACUUGUCCAUACGAUGCAUCGGCUUUCAAACACCGCCUGGACAGCAUUCAAGUCGCUGUUGAUAAGCUUAACCUGGAAAAUUAUGUCAAUCUUGGAUACUGGGUUGCCGAGCUCAAUCGAAGCAUCGAGGCAAUUUUGCGUGAUCGCCUCCUUCGUGCUGUGCGCGAGUGGAUUAUUAUCUUCCAGGAUACCUUAAACGAGAACUCGACGGUUUCUCAUCAACAACUCGCAGCGGCCGAAACGGACGCUAUGAACUACAAGAUCCAGUUCCCUGAGCUUUUCCACGAGAUUUUGAUGAAAAAUCAAGUCCUUCACCUGGAUCCGCCUUUGCAAUUCGCACGCGCAAGUUGGUUCUCGCACUUUGAUGCGUGGCUCGGAGUGAUCUGUAAUUUGGAAAAGAUCAAACCUUCCCGUUACCAGAUCUCCAUCAGUGUGCAGAAUGUCCGCCUAUCUGAAGUCUCCUUCUCCGACCUGCCACAAAAUUGCACUAAGGAGCUCAAUCAAGUCUAUGAUGUUGUCGAGGGAAGAUUGAAGGACGUUUCCGAGUAUGUCGAUAAGUGGCUCCAGUUCCAAUCCCUAUGGGAUCUUCGGUCUGAGCAGGUUUACGAGAUUCUGGGUGAUGAUUUGUCCCAAUGGCUACAACUUCUUCAGGAAAUUAGAAAGAGCCGGGCUACAUUCGAUACUUCGGAGGUCAGCCGAGGAUUUGGUAACAUCAGAAUUGACUAUGAGCAAGUGCAAACUAAGGUCAAUGCCAAGUACGACCAAUGGCAGCACGAGAUACUUGUCAAGUUUGGCUCUAAGCUUGGCAGCCGUAUGAGAGAGGUUCAUUCGGAAAUCGCUGCUGCUCGCCGAGACCUCGAGGGCCAAACUUUGGAAGCUUCUUCAACGGCACAUGCUGUGUCUUUCAUCACCAUUGUUCAGCAAUGCAAGCGCAAGACUCGCGUGUGGGAGCCCGAGGUUGAUCUUUUCCGCCAAGGUCAAACCACGCUCGCCCGUCAGCGUUACCAGUUCCCAUAUGACUGGCUUCAUUUUGACAAUGUUGAUGGUGAAUGGGCAGCUCUCAAUGAACUCCUAGGCCGCAAGAGCAAAAUUGUCAAUGAACAAACCGAGGGCCUGCGUGCGAAGAUCAGUGCGGAAGAUCAUGUCAUUGCUGGCAAGAUUGCUGAGGUCAUUGGUCAAUGGAAUGACGAGAAGCCUGUAUCUGGCACUAUCCCUCCCGAGGAAGCCUCUCGUACCCUGAGCUCUUUCCAGUCUCGCCUCGAAGCUCUGCAAUCCGAAUUUGAGAUGGUGUCCAAGGCCAAGGAGGCUCUUGAUCUUCCCCAAAGCUCGGAAUCGUCACUGCCUCCUAUUCUCGAGGAGGUUCAGGACUUUAUGUCUGUGUGGGCUGCUUUGGCGACUAUCUGGAAUAGUCUCAAUGAUCUUCGCGAUGGACUGUGGACUAGCAUUCAGCCUAGAAAGCUCCGCCAAUCUCUGGACAACUUGAUCAAAAUGACCAAGGAGAUGCCCAGCCGUAUGAGGCAAUAUGCUGCCUUUGAACACAUUCAGAAUGUCCUUCGCCAACUUUUGAAGGUCAACUCCCUUCUCUCGGACAUGAAAUCUGAAGCUGUCAAGGAAAGACACUGGCAUAAGAUCUACAAGAGCCUCAAACCAGACAAGCGUUUCUCCCUCGUUUCUUUGACUCUCGGCGAUGUCUGGGAUUUGCAGCUCUCGUCAAGCGAUACCAUCAUUCGCGCUAUCAUUGCACAGGCCCAAGGCGAGAUGGCAUUGGAAGAAUUCUUGAAGUCGGUUCGCGAAACUUGGCAGAACUACUCCCUGGAUCUGGUGCACUACCAGAACAAAUGCCGUCUUAUCAAAGGCUUUGACGAUCUCUUCGCCAAGUGCAGUGAGAACUUGAACUCCCUCCAGGCCAUGAGACAUUCUCCGUAUUACAAGGAAUUCGAAGAAGAAGCCACUUCUUGGGAAGAUAAAUUGAACCGAGUACACGUUCUUUUCGACGUCUGGAUCGAUGUCCAGCGACAGUGGGUCUACUUGGAAGGUGUGUUCACUGGCAAUGCCGAUAUCAAGCAUCUCCUUCCCUUGGAAUCGGGCCGUUUCCAGAACAUCAAUUCCGAAUUCUUUGCUGUCAUGAAGAAGGUCUACAAGUCUCCAUUUGUGUUGGAUAUUCUUGCUAUCGUCGACGUACAGAAGUCCUUGGAGCGGUUGGCCGAUCUGCUGAACAAGAUCCAGAAGGCUCUCGGUGAAUACUUGGAGCGUGAGCGUGUCUCGUUCCCUCGAUUCUACUUCGUUGGUGAUGAGGACUUGCUCGAGAUUAUUGGUAACAGCAAUGACGUCUUCCGCGUCGCCAAGCACUUCAAGAAGAUGUUCGCUGGAAUGUCAGGUCUUGUUAUGGAUGAUGAUAACAACAUCGUCGCAUUCACCUCGAAGGAGGGCGAGGAAGUCCGCCUGAGGAAUCAAAUAAACCUCCUCAAGACUCCGCGAAUCAAUGACUGGCUUACGGCCUUAGAGACCAACAUGAAGAUCACCCUUGCACAGCUUCUUGGUGAGGCAUCUGAACAAUUCGAAACGCUUUAUAGUAGCAACGAUGUGGAUCCAACGGGCUUCAAUGACUUCCUGGCGAACUAUCCUGCCCAGAUUGUUGUCCUUGCUAGUCAGGUUACUUGGACCAACGCAGUGCAGGAGUCCCUCGAGAAAGGAGGAGCAACUCUUCCUGCGUUGCACGCUGCUGAGGUACGAAUUCUCGAAUUGCUGGCAGCGACUGUGCUGGGUGAACUUGAUCCAAUCACCCGCAAGAAAUGUGAACAUAUGAUCACGGAGUUCGUGCAUCAACGCGAUUGCAUCUCGAAGCUGAUCAGUCUCAACGCUACGACGCCCACGCACUACCACUGGCUCCUUCAGAUGCGUUAUGUCUACAAGGCUGAAGAUGAUUACUUGGAACGCCUGUAUGUUCACAUGGCCAAUGCCAAGCUGGCCUACGGAUUUGAGUAUUUGGGUGUCCCCGAGCGUCUUGUCCGCACCCCUCUCACAGAUCGUUGUUUCCUCACCCUCACUCAAGCUCUCUGUCAACGACUGGGUGGUUCUCCCUAUGGUCCCGCUGGUACCGGAAAAACCGAGUCAGUCAAGGCAUUGGGCCUGCAACUUGGACGUUUCACCCUUGUCUUCUGUUGUGAUGACACAUUCGAUUUCCAGGCAAUGGGUCGCAUCUUCCUCGGUAUCUGUCAAGUAGGUGCCUGGGGUUGUUUCGAUGAGUUCAAUCGUCUGGAAGAACGUAUUCUGUCGGCUGUCUCCCAGCAGAUUCAGAACAUUCAAAUUGGUCUGAAAACAAGCGGAGAUGGCGAGAAGUCCCAGAUCGAACUCGUGGGUAGACGACUUGCCGUGAAUUCCAACACCGGAAUUUUCAUUACCAUGAAUCCUGGCUAUGCUGGUCGAUCCAACUUGCCAGACAAUUUGAAGAAGUUGUUCCGCAGUGUUGCCAUGUCCAAACCUGAUAAGGAGCUCAUUGCCGAAGUUAUGCUUUUCUCUCAAGGUUUCAAGCAAGCGAAGGCCCUUUCCAAGCAGACUGUUCCCUUCUUCGACCACUGUGCUUCCCGACUCUCUAAGCAGGCUCACUACGACUUCGGUCUCCGUGCAUUGAAGAGUGUGCUCGUGAGCUCAGGUGGCCUCAAGCGCGCUCGUCUUGCCACCUCCGAUGGAGAGUUAGGCCCCGAUGCGGUCAUUGAGCCUCAAAUUAUUGUCCAAAGUCUUCGGGAGACAAUUGCUCCCAAACUUGUUAGGGACGAUGUAGAGACGAUGUUGGAUAUUCAGAUGGAAGACUUCCCUGGUGUUGAUUAUGUGCCUGCCAACUUUGAGAAGCUCACUCAAGCGAUCCGUGAUAUUGCUACUAAAGAACAACAUCUCGUGGACAGUGAGAUGUGGAUUACCAAGGCACUCCAAUUAUACCAGAUUCAAACCAUCCACCAUGGUGUCAUGAUGGUGGGUAAGUCAGGAGCCGGUAAAUCAGCAGCCUGGAAGAUUCUCCUACAAGCGAUGCAACGCAUCGAAGGUGUGGAGGGCGUCUCCCACAUUAUCGACUCCAAGGUCAUGUCGAAGGAGUCUCUUUAUGGAAACCUUGACAGUACCACUCGUGAAUGGACUGACGGUCUCUUCACUGGAAUCCUGAGAAAGAUCGUGGAUAACCUCCGAGGUGAAGAUGGCAAACGUCAUUGGAUCGUAUUUGACGGUGAUGUUGAUCCUGAAUGGGUUGAGAACUUGAACAGUGUUCUAGAUGACAACAAACUCCUCACUCUCCCCAACGGAGAACGUCUCAACCUGCCUCCGAAUGUUCGCAUUAUGUUCGAAGUUGAAAGCUUGAAGUAUGCUACACUCGCCACGGUCAGUCGUUGCGGUAUGGUGUGGUUCAAUGCCGAUACCGUUACUCCAACCAUGAUGAUUUCCAACUACGUUGAAAGCCUCAGAACGAAGACAUUCGAAGACCUAGAUGAAGACAACGCGCCCGCCGGAACAGCAGUAGUCCGCACGCAGGAUGCCCAGGACACUGUUGCAACCAUUCUCAAACAAUUCCUCGAGGUUGAUGAUUUAGUUCUCAAGGCUCUGGAAGAAGCAAAGAAAUACAACCAUAUCAUGGAGUUCACGGACAUCCGGGCCCUCAACACUCUUUUCAGUUUGCUGAACAAGUCCUGCCGGAACGUUCUCGAAUACAAUGCCCAACACCCAGAUUUCCCACUGGAUUCCGAGCAGAUCGAGUCAUAUAUCUCUAAGAAGCUUCUUCUUGCAUUGGUCUGGUCUCUUACUGGUGAUUGCCCACUCGCUGACCGCAAGGCAUUUGGACAAUACAUUACUGGAAUGUCUACUAUCGAUCUCCCGCCUGACGGAGACUCAUCUCUCAUUGACUAUGAUGUCACCCUCCCCAAGUCUGACUGGACCAGCUGGCAGUCACAGGUGCCCACGAUUGAUAUCAACACACAUUCCGUCACCCAAACCGAUGUCAUCAUUCCAACAGUGGAUACUGUCCGUCACGAGGAUGUGCUUUAUUCAUGGCUUGCGGAGCAUAAGCCUUUGCUGCUUUGUGGCCCUCCUGGUUCCGGUAAGACCAUGACAUUGUUCGCCGCGCUCAGAAAGCUUCCGAACAUGGAGGUUGUUGGCCUCAAUUUCUCAAGCGCUACCACUCCUGAUCUGCUGAUCAAAACUUUCGAGCAAUACUGCGAGUACAAGAAGACUCUGAACGGUGUGGUAAUGUCCCCUAACCAGAUCGGUCGCUGGCUUGUCAUCUUCUGCGACGAAAUCAAUCUUCCGGCCCCUGAUCGUUACGGUACUCAGCGCGCCAUCUCCUUCCUGCGUCAACUUGUGGAGCAAAAUGGAUUCUGGAGAACUACCGACAAGACCUGGGUCACUCUGGAUCGCAUUCAAUUUGUUGGCGCCUGUAACCCUCCUACUGAUGCUGGUCGUACACCGAUGGCCGAGAGAUUCUUGCGCCAUGCACCACUUAUCAUGGUCGAUUACCCCGGUGAGAUUUCUCUCAACCAGAUUUACGGCACAUUCAACUCGGCUAUUCUCAAGAUUCUUCCCUUGUUGCGUGGAUACUCUGAAGCCCUCACUCGGGCUAUGGUCCAGUUCUAUCUCGAAUCCCAAUCUAGAUUCACUCCCAAGAUUCAGCCACACUAUGUUUACUCGCCUCGUGAGCUCACUCGAUGGGUUCGUGGUCUUUACGAAGCUAUUAAGCCUUUGGAAACCCUCACUGUUGAAGGUCUGGUCCGUAUUUGGGCACACGAAGCUUUACGUCUUUUCCAAGACAGACUCGUGAAUGAAGAGGAGAGAGCUUGGACAGCAGAUGCUGUUCGCAGGAUCGCCUUGGAACAUUUCCCUACUAUUGAUGAUCAAGAAGCACUCAAGGGCCCAAUCCUGUUCUCCAACUGGUUGUCCAAGAAUUACAUUCCUGUCGAGCAAGAGAGUCUCCGCGAGUUUGUGAAGGCACGUCUUAGAACCUUCUGCGAAGAGGAGGUAGACGUUCCGCUCGUGUUGUUCAACGACGUCCUUGAGCACGCACUACGCAUCGAUCGAGUCUUCCGCCAACCCCAAGGCCAUCUCAUUCUUAUCGGUGUGAGUGGAAGUGGAAAGACAACCUUGUCUCGCUUUGUUGCUUGGAUGAAUGGUCUCAAGGUCUUCCAGAUCAAGGUGCACGGAAAGUACUCUUCGGAAGAUUUCGAUGAUGAUCUUCGCAGCGUUCUUCGCCGCGCAGGAUGCAAGGGCGAGAAGAUUUGUUUCAUCAUGGAUGAAGCAAACGUCCUUGACUCUGGCUUCCUGGAACGCAUGAACACCUUACUUGCAAACGCAGAAGUCCCCGGUCUCUUCGAAGGCGAUGAAUUCUCCUCAUUGAUGACUGCUUGCAAGGAGGGAGCCCAGCGUCAAGGCUUGCUUCUUGAUUCACAGGAGGAGCUAUACAAGUGGUUCACCCAGCAGAUUAUCAAGAACCUCCAUGUUGUGUUCACCAUGAACCCGCCAGAGGAGGGCCUGUCUUCAAAGGCAGCUACCAGUCCCGCCUUGUUCAAUCGUUGUGUGCUGAACUGGAUGGGCGACUGGUCUGAUCAAGCCCUGUUCCAGGUUGGCUCCGAGCUCACUCAAUCGGUCGACCUCGACAAGCCCAACUUCAUCUCCCCUGACAGUAUUCCCGUUGCAUACCGUGAUUUGGCUCUCCCUGCAUCACACAGAGACACGGUUAUCAAUUCCAUGGUUUAUAUCCACCACUCUUUGCACCGCUUCAAUGGGCGGCUGCAGAAGCAACAGGGUCGGGCCACUUUCCUCACUCCUCGCCAUUACCUCGACUUUGUUGCGCAGUAUGUUAAGUUGUUCAACGAGAAGCGUGAGGACCUCGAGGAACAACAGCGUCACUUGAAUAUUGGUCUCGAAAAGCUUCACGACACUGUCGACAAAGUGAGCGAUCUUCGGGCUAGUCUGGCACAAAAGAAGAUGCAGUUGGAGAAGAAGGAUACGGAAGCGAACGAGAAAUUGCAGCGCAUGGUUGCUGAUCAGCAAGAGGCAGAGCAGCGGAAGCAGGUCUCAUUGGAAGUGCAGGCUGCGUUGGAAAUUCAGGAGAAGGAGGUGGCAACUCGAAAGGAAGUUGUUUUGAAUGAUUUGGCCCAAGCUGAGCCAGCUGUUUUGGAAGCCCAGAAGAGUGUCAGCAACAUCAAACGUCAACACCUGACGGAAGUUCGAUCUAUGGGUAACCCCCCAGCCAGCGUCCGACUUGCCUUGGAAGCCGUAUGCACACUGCUCGGCCACACUGUCGACAGUUGGAAGACAAUUCAAGGUCUCAUUCGUCGAGACGACUUCAUUGCCAGUAUUGUCAAUUAUGACAAUGAGCGCCAGAUGACGCGCAGACAUCGUACCAAGAUGCAGAACGAGUUCCUCUCGAAGGAGGACUUCACAUAUGAGCGAGUCAACCGCGCCAGUAAGGCCUGUGGUCCUUUGGUGCAAUGGGUCGAAGCUCAGGUUAACUACUCUGCAAUUCUUGACCGCGUCGGCCCUCUGCGUGACGAGGUUGACCAACUCGAGGAACGGGCCCUGCAAACCAAGGCUGAAGCCCAGGCCAUUGAAAAUACCAUCAACAGCCUGGAAAGCAGUAUCGCUACCUACAAGGCUGAGUACGCGGCCUUGAUCAGCGAAACACAGGCGAUCAAGACCGAGAUGAGCCGUGUUCAGUUCAAGGUCGACCGCAGUGUUCGUUUGCUCGACAGUUUGUCUUCCGAGCGUGAGCGUUGGGAAGAUGGCAGCAAGUCAUUCGAAACUCAGAUUAGCACCCUCGUUGGUGACGUUCUCAUUGCAGCUGCUUUCCUUGCGUAUGCUGGUCUCUACGACCAGCAGUUCCGUAAGGCAAUGGCCGAGGAUUGGGUCCACCAACUGGGCGCUUCUGGCAUUCACUUCAAGCCUCACAAUCCAAUUACAGAGUACUUGUCCAAUGCCGAUGAACGUUUGACUUGGCAGAGUCAUUCCCUACCCGUCGACGACCUUUGCACAGAGAACGCCAUCAUUCUCAAGAGAUUCAACAGAUACCCACUUAUUGUUGAUCCAUCUGGCCGCAUUACAGAGUUCUUGCAGAAGCAAAGCAAAGAACGGAAACUUACCGUCACUAGUUUCCUGGACGAUUCCUUCGUCAAACAAUUGGAGAGUGCCUUGCGUUUCGGAAACCCCAUCCUUAUCCAGGAUGCCGAGCAUCUCGACCCUAUCCUCAACCAUGUCCUCAACAAGGAAUACCAGAGGACUGGUGGCCGUGUUCUUAUUCAAUUGGGCAAGCAAGAAAUUGAUUUCUCCCCGUCGUUCAAGCUCUUCCUCUCGACUCGGGAUCCCUCUGCGUCAUUCCCGCCGGAUAUCUGCAGUCGUACCACCUUUGUCAACUUUACUGUCACCCAGAGCAGCUUGCAGACACAGUCUCUCAACGAUGUGCUGAAGUUCGAGCGGCCCGAUGUCGAUGAACGUCGCAACAAUCUUGUUAAGAUGCAAGGAGAGUUCAAGGUCCAUCUCCGACAACUUGAGAAGCGACUUUUGCAAGCCCUUAACGAGUCUCGUGGUAAUAUUCUUGAUGAUGACAAUGUCAUUGAAACCCUUGAGACUCUCAAGAAGGAGGCUGCCGAGAUUUCUCACAAGAUGGACCAGACUGAAGGUGUCAUGCUUGAGGUAGAAAAUGUUACGCAGAACUACAGCAUCAUCGCCCGAUCAUGCAGUGCUGUCUUCGCCGUUCUGGAGCAGCUUCACCACAUUAACCACUUCUAUCAAUUCUCUUUGCAGUACUUUACCGAUAUCUUCAACUCUGUUCUCUACGAGAACAAGCAUCUCGCUCAAGAGAAGGAUCAUUCCGCGCGUGUUCAGAUCAUUGUCAGGGAUUUGUUCAUCAACACCUACAAGCGAACUUCGCUUGGUCUUGUACAAAAGGAUCGCAUCACUCUUGCCAUCUUGCUUGCUCAAGCUACUCCGUUCCCCAUGGAUAGGACCCUCCUUGACCGAGUCCUGGACGAGACAGUAGAAGGCACAGAUCUUUCAACUACCACAGACGCCCGGGAUCAAGUUAUCGCGAAGCUGGGCAACAUGUCUAUCUUCAAAGAGCACCUUUCGAGUGUCACUGAAGAACAAUGGGAUCGCUUCUUCACCGAGGAGCUUGCAGAGAACGUUGUUCCGGUCAUGUGGAAUGAGAGUGUUUCGCAGCUCGAUCAGCUUCUUCGCUCCGUGCUUCUUGUCAAGAUUUGUCGCAUGGACCGAUUCGUGCCAACUGCCGAGCGUUUCGUCGAGGCUGUAUUCGGCCGCGAACUAUUCGAGGGUGCUGCCGAUUUGAAGGACGUUGUCGACCAAGUCACUGCGACCAGGCCCAUUGCACUCAGCUCAAGCCCUGGCUUCGAUGCUAGUUACAAGGUCGAUGCUCUGGUUGAAGCCACACGCGCAACCUGCGCCAAUAUUGCCAUGGGUUCCAACGAAGGUCUCCAGAGCGCCGAUAAGGCCAUCAGCAAUGCAGCUGCAGUUGGUAACUGGGUCCUGGUCAAGAACGUCCACCUGGCACCGGCUUGGCUGCAGAGUCUCGAGAAGAGACUGGAUUCUCUCAAGCCUCACAAGGAGUUCCGUCUCUUCUUAUCUAUGGAGUCUAGCCCUAAGAUUCCUGUCAAUUUGAUUCGCGCCUCGCGUGUUCUGAUGUACGAACAGCCCGCCGGUGUACGUGCCAACAUGAAGGAUUCACUGUCCUCGCUCAAUAUCAGGGCCAGCAAGCCUCCUAUUGAGAAGGCCCGUGUCUAUCUCUUGCUCUGCUUCUUGCACGCCGUGGUCCAGGAGCGACUCCGCUAUGCACCAAGCCUCGGAUGGAAGGGCUUCUGGGAGUUCAACGACAGCGAUUACGAAUGCUCAGCCUACAUCAUUGACCACUGGGUUGAUUCUGUCUCCCAGGGCCGUUCCAACGUUGCCCCUCAGAAGAUCCCAUGGGAGAUGAUCCGCACUCUUAUCACAGAAAUGUACGGUGGUAAAAUCGACGACGCAGGUGACUACCAGCAACUCGAGAACCUGGUCAACAGCUUCCUCACACCCGCCGCCUUCGAGGACGGCUACAAGCUCGUCUCGGGUGUUGAGAACGACAAUCUUUUGACCCUGCCGGAUACCACCAGUAUGCGCGACUUCGUCGCCUGGGUCAAUAACCUGCCGGAACGUGAGCCCCCCUACCUACCUGGGUCUCCCUGCCAAUGCCGAGAAGCUGUUGCUGGUUGGUCAUGGCCGUAA